GGGGAAGAAGGGGAGUGGAACUCAAAUCCGUCAUUUAUAUAAAUAAAAAAAUCACGUACGGACAGUCACCACGUACAUGGCACGACUGCGGCAAUCGUGGCAUAUCGCGGCCCAAGUCUUUGUUCAUCAUCUUUGGACCUCAUCAACAUCAAGGACAUCCUUCUGAAAAGGGUCGAACUGACUGAGAUAUCGCUCAGAAUCAACACAAUUGCAGUGGGAACGUUGUCUUUUUGAACAUGUUAGCAGCAGGGCCUUCAGGGUUCUAUAAUGCCCCCACAACCAAGGGAAUGCUUCUCGUCGUAGGAGGACUAUCGCUCCUUUCUUCGAUUUUUCAGAUCAAGACCAGUCUCCACCUGCAACUCGUGCCUCACCUCACCACACAUCACCAGUUCUGGCGCUUGAUAACAUCGCAUUUUGCAUUCUCAACCUCGACCGAGGUCCUAUUUGCAGGACUCAUCAUUUAUCAUCUCAGAGUCAUUGAGCGCCUGUUUGGACCUGCGAAAUAUGCGGCGUUCUUGUUUGUUUCGGCCGUCGUUUGCACGUUUCUCAAUAUAGCGGUCCUAGUCACUGGCGCAGCAUUUGGUCUACAUGUCCUACCGGGUGGACCCUACGGCAUCAUCUUUGCGGCGAUAUAUCAGUUUUACACUCUUAUCCCGGUCAUGUAUGAGUUCAAAAUCUUUGGAGUGACGUUCACAGACAAGGUCUUUAUGUAUGCCUUCGGAGUACAGCUCAUGUUGUCACAUAUGUCUGGAUCCAUCGCAUUGAGCAUUUGCGGACUUUUGGCGGGAGCGAUAUACAGGAGCGACUUUGCGGGGACCAGGCGCUGGAGAUUUCCAAAGCCUGUAGUGCGAUUCACAGAGCGAUUUUUGCUUCCACUAUUUUCCUCUUCACCAGCUAUCCGGUCAACCGCAACCACAUUCGAGAGUCGUUCUCAAACAAGAUCCCCUGACCGAUCGGCGCAGACCAUGCGGGAGUAUCUGGAUGUCCUAUCCACAGGAGGAGCGCCUCAAGGCGCGACACCUCGGCCACCUUCAGAAGAGCAGAUAGCAACUCUUCAGGCCAUUUUCCCUACUGCAACUCAGGACCAAGCAAUAGCAGCACUCAACUCAGCUAACAAUAACCUUGAUGGAGCGGUACAAUAUCUCCUGGACAACCAACCCAAUGCUCCUCCAGCCCCUUCUUCAUAAUAAAGACGGUUAUACCCAGUUACUGAGCUCAUUGCAAACAAUGACAAGGUGCUGCAACAAGAAGAUAAAACUGCAAUCGCUGUCUUAAUAAGCGAUCCUUACCAUUGGGACGGUACAGUCCAUGGAAUGGCAUUCUCUGUCUAGUUGUCUAGUUUCCUAAAAGCAACCACUAGUUGUGUAGAAUAGUAUGGGCAGUUCAUGUUACGACUUUCUGGGACUGCAAAGCGUGGUGUUCCAGAAAUAUAGUGUUUUUUUUGUCGAUCUCUUAGUAACGGAGAACGAUAAAUUGUUUGAUGUGCCUACAUACAUGGCAUCGCGGAACUUGUAUCACUUAUCUCAGCUUUUUUUUUUUUUUUUU